AUGGUGGAACCCACACCCUUGCCCGAUGACGUCGGGGAUCCCCCAGUUGGGGAGGCCACAGCGCGCGGCAGCACCAGCAGCAAUCCUUUGCGGCGCAUUCGCCGGCGUAAAAUGGCCAACUCGGAAGAAGACGGCAAUGGCACGCCCAAAAACGCGGAAGACGCUAUCGGAGCAUCUCCCAACACCUUGGCGGCCCCUUCCACACUCCCAACGCGCGGAUCCAAGCUCUUACAACGCGUCCUCCCCAAGCGAAAUACCCAGUCCUCGACGCCCCCUUCCCAAUCUAUCCAGCCUAUACAACCCGUUCAACCCGUUCAACCCGCAAUUCUUGUGGAUGAUGGCAGCAGCCAAACCGGCGACAAUUCAGACACGCAUAGCGCCAGCUACUCCCCCUCCGCUGCAUCCGCCUCCCAUCCUGCUUCUAGCCUAGGGGCCUCGGCCCAAGCCGCCUACACCAGUCCACAAGACACAAACCCCGCCUCCAGCAUCAGUGUCAGCCCGGGAAGCCUUCCUGGUGGUGCCAUUGCCCCUGCUACUGGAUCUGGCGUCCAAGAGCACCCAACCACUACCGUUGACGAAGAGAGCGACAGCAUCGAUAGUGAUGACAGCGCCGAAUCCUCGGGCCGCCAUCGCAAGUACGGUCUCAAACGCGACGAUCUCGACAUGGAGCUGCGUGACAACGAAAAGCGCCGCCAGCAAGCAGAGGAUCGGUUCAAGCGAGCUGUUGAGCAGCUCACGAGCAGUGGUCGGCCCGAACCCAGCUCACACAGCAUACAACGUUUCAACAUCUCACGCGAUCCCAUGAUGCGUGAGUACCAGCACGCGCGCCAUCAGCUUGAAAAGCGCACUAAAAAGCUGGAAAAACUGCGCAAAGAAAUGGACGAGGUACAAAAGCAGCUGGAUUCACGACGAACGAAACCCACAGCCACAGAGCUUAUUGGUGCAAAGAUGAACAUUGUCAAGCGCUCAUCCGUGGUUGUCUCGAUGUGCUUCGACUGGGGCUUGCACAGCCUGCGCGCCGCGGGUCGCGGCGAUGAUGUCGGCUCGGAGGCCGGUGGAGACAAUACGACCCCGGUCAACCCGGAGCGGGGGCGCUCGCGAACCAAGCGAGAGGAGAAAAUAACCGGGCGGCACAGAUCGGCCUCCCCGGAGCGGGAAAAUGCCACUGAGGGGAAGGAUGAAUCGAUUGAGGCCCUCAACGGCUAUACAGGCUCGCCGGGCCGCGGCACCGCGCAAGUGGACGACUUCCCACCCGACGAGGGCACCCCACGGUUCUUGCGCAGUCGGCGCUCUCAAAAGAGCUUACCGCCAGAGCUACGCGACCAGAUCGAAGAUCGCCGUCCAAAUCGCCUCAAGCGCCUGAUCAACAUGUCCAAUCCCCUCACUCCUCGGAAGAACAAGGACAAGCAGUCAUCGGGUGCAGAUGUCGAGCCGGAAGCUGGUCAAUCUUUUGGCUCCUCUCCCAUGGCAUCUGUGUCGCAACCCGUGGCCCUCGAUAUGCAAAACGGCUUGCAGCACACCGCCACCGCCGAACUCAUCCAACACAUCAAAAGCAUACUGCUGGAGGACCCGCGCUUGGAUUUGGAGAACAAGUUUGAUGUCUUGCAACAGCUCCAGAGCUACGUCUUCACCUUGGAGGAGAGACUAGCGGCUCAACAACAGCGCAACUUGGAGCUUGAAACAGCGCUCAGCAACACGCAGGAACAGCUGCAAAAACGGCAGUCCACCUUAGCCAUGCUAGACAAGCAGCGCACCAACAAUCAAAGCGCGUUGCUGGAGAUGAUCAACGACUUUCACGCCGAUUUCGUGGAAAAGCUGGACCGGCAUGAAAGACGAUUUGGCGAAGCGCGAACGACUUUGGAUACAAUUCACUCGGACGUGGAGCGCCAAAUGGUUACCAUGCGUGACAUCCAGACGCGUGCCAAUGACUUUUUACAAGAGCUACAGAUGAAGGCCGAGCACUUGGAGACUGAGCUAUCAACUGGUUUCUGGGUCAAUUUGCAUGAGAACUUUUCGGAGACGUUUCAAUCAUUGACAGGCCGUCAAGGCAGCGCGCCGCGCAUUCUCAUAUUUGGUGCUGGCUCGCACGCCGACUCGCCAGCCACCACCGAACGGUUGUGCAGGCCACGCCAAGGCCCCGGCUACUCACUUGCGGUCCUCGUGCUUACGACCAGCAAAGAGGGUACCGAGAAUGGCAAUACCACCGAAAAAGGCGGUCAUGACGAUAAUGGGCACAGCAUUGGAGACGGCCAUGGUGCUGGAGACUCUGAAGCUGCCAAAGUCAAAGGUGCGCCACAAAUGAUGAGUUGCUCUGGAGCGUCAGGAGAGGGCAAGAGGAAGAGAAAGAGAAAGAGAGAGAGGGAGAGAGAAAAGGAGAACAAGCACAAGAACAAGAAGAUAAAUGCCACCCAGCAGCUUGAAUUCAAUGUGCAAUGCAUGCGCAGACUGACCAAGAGAGAAGUGAACAAGAGAAAGAGAGAACUGCUGUUGCUGUCGAAAAGCUCUCUCUCACACACACAAACUCUCUCUCUCUCUCUGUCUCUCUCCUCCAACACACACACGUUUCAGGAGGAGGUCAAAGUGAGACCAGAGUCACACAUUAACAUGGGGGAGGGGCAGAGCAGCAACAGCAGCAGCAACAGCAGCAACAGCAGCAUCGGCGGCGGCGGCGGUAUCAUCGGUUGGCGCAAGCGCGGUGUGCUAUGGAAAAAGGCCCAGGGUACAAGCCUGCUGGGCCGCGACAAUUUCAAGCGCCGCACUUUUAUCCUGACGGACACAUGCCUGAGCUACUACUCUGGUGUUGACAUUAGCGAGAUGAAGCAAAAAGGCCAGAUUCCGCUCACCAAAAUCCGAGCGGUUGAAGUCGCUCACGCAACCCCAUGGGGCCGCAGCAACAUGAUCCAGGUGGUGCACGACGAUGCGAUACUGUACGUCGAUGCCGAAUCUCAGGCCGAGCGGCAGGAUUGGAUUGAUGAGAUUCGGUCGGCUUGCCAGGAAGGCCAAAACGUCUCCAGCAAGCAUUACAACUAUCAUCCUGGUGUUUUUCACAAAGGCGAAUGGACCUGUUGUGCCACCAAAGAACAAGGAGGAGGCUGCAAGCCGGCCUUCAAGUACAGUCAUAAAAGCAAGGCCCCAAUCAACUUGUCUGAUGCCAAAGACCGAACCACAGUCGCCUAUUUCUAUGACCGACACUACGAGGAUGACGACCUGGACCCAGAUGAGAUGAGUGAUGCCAUGCUAGCGGACAUGCCCACCUCCCACAGCGGUGCCGCCCCAUACGGUGGCACAGCUGUACCACGCGCGCAAAGUAUUGCAGGGCAGUACGAAAUUAUGAAUCAAGAUUUUCAAGAUCUUGACGUAGCCAUGUUCCAACCAAAGGCGGCUGAUGGCAGCACCGCCAAGCCGCUCUUAGAGUCCCACUACACAAGCGUGCCCAAUGCUGAUGACGAUCCAAGCUAUGCCGCCCUAGGGGCACGUAGCAUAGCAUCUUCCGAAGAAUACGAGGGAUGGCAUGUUCGGGCCCGCGAAGCCUCAACCUAUCACCCAGCCUCCAUCGCCAGCAACUACAGUCAAGCCAGCAUUUACUCCACGCUUGAUGGCGUGAAUAAACAGUACUCCAAGGUGACUAAACCAGGCCAUGAAAGCCACUACGCCCGCCUUGAGCGAGGCUGGCUGUUGAGUCUACUGGUACUGUGCAUACCCCGCGUCAUAUCAUGGCAGAGAAUCAAAGUUGAAAGGGGAAAAUUCAAUCAAAGCUGCCAUCUCUCGCAGCCCGCUAGGCAGCAAGAGACCGCUAAGGAAAUGUCAUGGGUGAGCCGACGGAUGGUUUCCAGUCCCCGCAAGCAACAGCCAGCGGAGACGCGUCCCAACCCCAGACCACCUACGCCCCAGCACGACUCGCAACCGCGUCGAAGGAGAGGGAGAGAGAAAGAGAAGGGCACCAACCCCGCCUUUCAAGCACAGUAA